CGAGGUAGCUCUCGGGCGACUCCAAUGGCCAGCCGGCAGUGUCACGUGGGCUGGCGCCCUCUGCGUCAUGUGACCGCGCUGAAGAUGGCGACCCACCUGAGCUACGGCAGGGUGGUCCUUAACAACCUGCGAGAGGCGGCCCGCAAAGAGCUGCGCGAAUUCCUGGAUAAAUGCGAAGGCAGCAAGGCAAUAGUUUGGGAUGAGUAUCUUACUGGACCAUUUGGAUUAAUUGCACAGUAUUCACUACUAAAGGAGCAUGAAGUAGAUAAGAUGUUUACUUUGAAGGAAGGACGUUUGCCUAAAGCUGAUGUGAAAAACAUCAUUUUCUUUGUGAGGCCUAAACUGGAACUAAUGGAUAUCAUUGCUGAUAAUAUUCGGUGUGAAGACAAACAUCCUGGUCCUCACAGAGAUUUCCACAUCCUGUUUCUGCCAUGCCGGAGUCUUCUUUGUGAACAGCGACUUAAGGAACAAGGGCAACUGGUCAACAUCACCCACAUAGAGGAAUAUAGCCUGGAUUUAAUUCCGUUUGAUAGUGAUCUGAUGUCCAUGGAAGCUGAAAGCGCAUUUAGGGAAUGCUACCUUGAGAAUGACCAGACAGUGUUGUUCCACGUUGCCAAAGGAUUGAUGACUCUUCAAGCUUUAUACGGAACCAUCCCACAAAUAUUUGGGAAAGGUGAAUGUGCACGGCUUGUGGCAAAUAUGAUGCUAAGAAUGAAACGUGAAUUUGCUGGAAGUACGAACCAGAUUUUGCCUGUAUUUGAUAAACUUUUGUUGCUUGAUCGUAACGUUGACCUGUUAACACCCCUAGCAACACAACUGACAUAUGAAGGCCUGAUUGAUGAAAUAUACGGAAUCCAAAACACAUAUGUAAAACUACCUCCUGAGAAAUUUACACCAAGAAAGCAAAAUGAAAGUGGCCAAGAUCUUCCCACUGAACCUAAAAAACUACAGUUAAAUUCUGCAGAAGAAUUGUAUGCAGAAAUUAGAGAUAAAAAUUUCAAUGCAGUUGGCUCAGUCCUUAGUAAAAAGGCAAAGAUCAUCUCUGCUGCAUUUGAGGGAAGGCAUAAUGCAAAGACGGUGGGUGAAAUCAAACAGUUUGUCUCUCAACUUCCACACAUGCAGGCGGCAAGAACCUCACUAGCUAAUCAUACAUCUAUUGCUGAACUCAUCAAAGACAUUACAGCAUCUGAGACCUUUUUUGACAAUCUGACUGUGGAACAAGAAUUUAUGUCUGGGAUUGACACGGACAAGAUUAACAACUAUAUUGAAGACUCUAUUGCCCAAAAAGAAAAGUUGACAAAGGUUCUGCGACUUGUUUGUAUGCAGUCAGUGUGCAACAAUGGCCUGAAACCAAAAGUGCUAGACCACUACAAGAGAGAAAUAUUGCAGACUUAUGGUUAUGAACACAUUUUAACACUGAGUAAUCUAGAAAAGGCUGGUUUAUUAAAACCUCAGACGAGCACAAGAAAUAAUUAUCCAACAAUAAGAAAAACUCUGCGUCUGUGGAUGGAUGACAUCAAUGAACAGAAUCCCAAUGAUAUCUCGUACGUGUACAGUGGUUAUGCCCCUCUGAGUGUUCGAUUAACGCAGUUGCUGGCUCGGCCUGGCUGGCGUAGCAUAGAGGAAGUAUUAAAAAUGCUGCCAGGACCUCAUUUUGAAGAAAGACAACAACUGCCUUCUGGAUUACAUAAAAAACGCCAGCAAGGAGAGAACAGAGUCACUCUGGUGUUCUUCCUUGGAGGUGUGACAUAUGCUGAAAUUGCAGCACUUAGAUUCUUGUCCCAGAUGGAAGAAGGAGGUACAGAAUAUAUUAUUGCCACCACAAAACUGAUAAAUGGAACAACCUGGAUUAAAUCUAUGAUGGACAAAUUGGAGGCAUCUCUGUUCUGAAAGGACAAGGCCAUGGACAAUUUUAAUCCAGAAACUUUUUUUGAUCCUGAUGAAAUGGUUGUUGACCCCAGUUACAUUUGGAAAUGAGAUUAUUUCAGCUGAGGAGACUGAAAUGAGAAAAGCCUGUCAUGCAGCAAACAAAUUUCUUGUGACUUACAUUGCCUCUUGAGUGCUUGAGCUGGUUUGAUGGUGGAAUUUUGUGUUGACUGCAAUAUACUGUGAGGAACUGUCUCUUUGAAAAUGGUAUCGAAGUUGGCAUUAACCUAUCUCAGUAUAGGUUGACCAUUCAUGCUACUAGUAGAUUAAACUUGCAUCCAUUUGAGUUUCUUCCUGAAAUUUGAAGCACUAGUACAUAUAAUGCAUGGCACAGCAUAGGACAUGCACAUGCACCCUCAGUGAUUUGCAUUACUGUAACUCUUCAUCUCUGGCAAUGUGCUGUAUUUUAUUGGUAUCCAAAAUCCCUUUACAACAUGAGUUACCCCAUAGAAGUUCAAUAACUACUCGCUUUUGUAUUUUAUCCUUCCCUACAUUACAAAACUCAAGAAUUUCAAGAAACAGGUUUCUUUUGUUAUUGUACUGAGUACUUAGUAACUGAAGCACUGUUUGUAAUGCUGUGGGGAAAUAUGAUGCAGAUGGAGCAGAUAAUACCAUUUGAAUCGAUUCCAUUUGUGACAGUGUUGUGAAUAUCAUGCAAAAAGCUUUAAAGUUUUGAUUGAUUUUAUUCUGAUUGAAAUUUCAUCUUGGCUCCUGUUAUAUUUCUUCAGUUUAGAAACUUUAUUGUCCUGUGGUUAAACUCUUGAAGCAUUUCUCAAUACAUAACUACUGCUUUUCCAAAUCUUGCAUAAUUUCAACAAUAUUUCCCCUUUGUAUUCUUUCUAAAUCUGAAAGAGUUCCUGGGCUUGUUCUAUCAUGUGAAAGUUAAUGCUAGAAUUACUACACCAUCUACACUAGUGGUUGCAAUACCUCCCAUCAACAAAAUACACUGUCUGGGUUACUCUGACAGCAUUACCUAAACCCACACUGCUGCCACCUACCAGGACAAGAGCAGUAGGCAUAGUGGAACACUACCUUCAUGUUUCCCUCCAGGUUGCAUACCAUCCUCAUUUGGAAAUGUAUCAUUGGUCCUUCAUCCUAACUUAGUCAAAAUCUUGGCAGUCCUACCCCAACAAAUCAGCAUGGUUUCAUGAAGGGAAGAUCCUGCCUGACCCACCUAUUGGAGUUUUUUGAGGAAAUCUCAAGUAGGAUAGAUAAGGGAGAGGCUGUGGAUGUUGCAUAUUUGGAUUUUCAAAAGGCCUUCAACAAGGUGCUGCACAAGAGGCUGAUUAAUAAGAUGAGAGCUCAUGGAAUUACAGGUAGGAUAGUAGAAUGGGUGGAGCAUUGGCUGGUAGGCAGAAAGCAAAGGGUGGGAAUAAAGGGAUCCUGUUCUGGUUGGCUAGUGGUGUUCCGUAGGGGUCAGUGUUGGGGCCGCUUCCUUUUACACUGUAUAUCGAUGAUUUAGAUUAUAGAGUAAAUGGUUUUGUGGCUCAGUUUGUUAAUGACACCAAGAUAAGUGGAGGAGUAGGGAGUAUUGAAGAAGUGGAAGGUUGCAGAGACACUUAGACAGUCUAGGAUCAUGGGUAAGGAAAUGGCAGAUGAGAUUCAAUGUUGGGAAAUGUGCGGUUGUACAUUUUGGAAGAAGGAAUAAACAGGCAGAUUAUUAUCUAGAUGGGGAGAAAAUUCAAAGUACAGAAGUGCAAAGGGAGGUGGGGGGGUCCUUGUGCAGGAUAACCUAAAGGUUAACCACCAGGUUGGAUCGGUGGUAAGAAAAGCGAAUGCUAUGUUGGCAUUCAUUUCAAGAGGUAUAAUGUAUAAAAGUAAGGAUGUGUUGUUGAGGCUUUACGGGGCACUGGUGAGACCUCAUUUGGAAUACUGUGUGCAGUUUUGGGCUCCUUAUCUUAGGAAGGAUGGGCUGAUGUUGGAGAGGGUUCAGAGAAGAUUUACGAGGAUGAUUCCAGGAAUGAAAGGGCUUACAUUAUGAUGAACGUUUGUUGGCUCUUGGACUGUACUCACUGGAGUACAGAAGAAUGAGAGGGGACCUCAUAGAAACAUUUAGAAUGUUGAAAGGACUGGACAGAGUAGAUGUGGCUAAGCUGUUUCCCUUGGUGGGUGAGUCCAGGACUAGAGGGCACAGUCUUAGAAUUAGAGGGUACCCAUUUAGAACAUUUAGGGUCGUUCGUUGCCACGUACAGCUGUGGCGGCCCGAUCAUUGGAGGUGUUUAAGGAGGAGAUUGAUAGGUAUCUAAUUAGUCAGGGCAUCAAGGGAUAUGGGGAAAAGGCUGGGAAUUGGGGCUAGAUGGGAAUAGCUCACCUCAUGGUGAGGUAGCAGAGCAGACUCAAUGGGCUGAAUGGCUUGUGAUCUUGUGAACAACACUCUGGGAGUUCCUUUGACAAAAGGCCUGCAGCAGUUCCAGACAGCAGCUGCUCGGGGCAGUUGGAGGUGGGCAGCAACUACUGCCUGGAUCCUGAGAACUUAAAUUUUUUUAAAAUCAUUACCAUGCUGCUUUUACCAUGGUUUUCUUAAUUUAAUACCCAAGUCAAAUAUUUGAAUCUCCAAGAUAAGCCUGUUACUCCUGAUCUCUCUCUUCUCUGGAUAUCUCAGAUUUCAAGGCUUCACAUCCUUCCUGAACAUGGUGUCCGGUCUUUAGCCAUUGGCCAUCCUUAAUUACCCAGGGGAAUCACAUUGCUGUGGGACUUCAUUUACAGGUAGCACUCCAGCUAUUUUCAUCAUUAGUUUCUGGUGCCAGCUUUCAAUUGACCAGAUUUAUGAAUACAAUCUUGCAAUGUCAUGGUUGGAUUUUAAUAAUUAACCUCCUGACUUGCUGGUCCAAUACAGUAGCAAGUAGGCUACUCUAUUUCUUCUAAAGAAUUGUACAUAAGUUGAUCCAAGCUAGUCAGACCAUAAUUAUGAAGGGGUAGGUUGACCAUAACCUGCAUAAAACAUACAUUGACUGUCUUUUGAUUAUUAUUUCAAGUGCUUAAUAAGAGAUCAUUUAUCCCACAAAAUUAGUUUACCAACAGCUGAAUUAAAACUGACUCCUACAAUUUUCUGGCUUAUCAGUUGAGCACCAAUAUAUUGCAGACUGCCGUGAGUCAUUUAUGGUGAUGAUCAGCAGUAAGUGUAAUAUUUAUUGUUUUGUGGUAUGGCUUACCUCUUCUUUGAAUUUGGAUAACUGUAGUCUGCAUCUCUGUUACUUUUCUGUACCGUAAUGGAACAUUAACACAAGUCCUUUUGAUUUAUUUGUCUUGGAUAACUUGUACCAUUUCUUUGAAUUAUAAAUAAUCCUGCAAUACUGA